ACCCCUGAAUUCCAAACCCCACAUUUCCUACCUUCCAUUUAUUCCCUAGACAGGGGGCAAGCCUUCUGCACCCCCCUCCCCCCUCGUAUUAGCACUUCAUGCCAAAUUACACGGCAUUAAGAACUCUGACUGUGUGGAUAUACUGGAUCCAAACAAUGAAGAAAACACUAUAAAAGAAGAUUGCUAUAUUCAAGAUGGAUCAGUGAAGAAAUAAAGCAUUGGGAAAUAAGAAUUACCAUAUCAUGAGACCUGCAAAGUUGCUCAGAGCAGACAAGUAAAACAUUAGGCAUUCAAGAAUAAGUCGGCAAAAUGGCGGCUACUUGCAUAAUGAAGCAAGUGGAGGAGAGGCAUGUUGCAACAGAAAUAAUCAAGUGUGUUUGGUCUCCCAAGAUGGAUUUAGUUGCAAUUGCAAAUAGUCAAGCUCAGGUGUCAAUGCAUCGACUCUACUGGCAACGGGUCUGGAUCAUCAACUCUCCCGGGGAAAAUGUGAAAGUUAAAGGUUUGGCAUGGAGACCUGACAACAAAGUCCUUGCAAUUGGGUAUUCUUCAGGGGAAGUGGUUCUGGUUGACAUAGAAGACAGCAGUCCUGUUCAUAAGUUGAAUGUGAAUGCUGAAGUAACAGCGCUGAACUGGGCUCUCCAUGUUCCUGAAGAGACAGCUGAGAAGAAAACAGUCUUUGAGGAUACGUCAGAAACUUUCUUGCCUCCUCUGCCGUCUCUUUCAAAGACCUACUCAGUUACAAAUGGGGGAGAACGUGAAGAGGGGCGCCAAGAAGGACGUCUUCUACAUGAUCAGAAUGCGUUGACAUUACUUACAGUUGCCACCUCAGCAGGUUCUGUGCACAUGUAUGCCUUUGGUCUGUUUCAUUGUGCAACUGUAGACCUUGGAGAGACAGUUCCAGGAGCUGGUCAAGUCUUAGAUGCAACGCCUUCGCAUGAUUUACACCUUUUGAGCUGUCUGCUGGAACGUACAGUACAGGGAGAACGAGAAGUUGUUCAUGUUACGGUUGAAACUAUGAUUUUAGCUUGUCGACAUCAGGAAUUACAUGCCCUUGCUUAUCGGUUUGGGCAGAUAUAUGGACUUAUGACUUACGCAUCACAUACUCUCACCCUUCUGGCCGAAGCUUGGGAAAGUAUUUUAUUAGAAUUAGAUGCUAAGCUCGCAACAUAUGCAAGCACUGUAUCAGAAGGAGGCGUGUCAGCUGACUUUUUAGAUCUGUUGGUGUUCGGGUUCUCAUCUCCAGAAUUCGAUAUGUUCCUUUCAAACCAACUCACAGAGAAAGGACUUAAGAAACUGGGCCAUUCCAUUGAGCUGAGUUAUUCAAACAUCCAAAAGCUAGUUUUGCAUAAUGUGCAAGCUGUAGGCCAGGCACUUGUGUACCAGUUAAGUGCACUUGUGGGGUUAGCACGUCACCAUGACCGUUUUGGAAUGUUAGGAGUCGAAGAAAGUGUUGUUACAAAUGCGGUAAGGGAAGCAGGUGCAUUUGUUCUUAAGGCUGUAGAACUACAGCAAGUCAUUGAUGGAGCCAUGAGCACAUUCAAGGCCUUCCUCAGGUGGCUCUAUGUUGUUGUCCAACGAGUCAGAGGGGAAGCAGUGCCAGACGAGAUGAGCAGGAUGACACAACAAGAUUUAACAUACAUCACAGAGUUUCUUCAUGAUAGUCUGGAGGAUACAGCAACUGGGCCAGAUGGUGAAAAACGAACUAGGUUUCGACUUGAACGUGUUGGACAGUACCUGAAGGAUGAACCACUCUCAUGUCCCCCAGAAUCUAAUAGUAAUCCCUGGGAGAUUUUCCUAGCUGAGCAUCCUGCUGUGGCAGAGCACUCUUUAAUUUUCCCACACCAUCAUGAAAGAUCUCUUCUCCAAGAACACAAAAGUCUUGCACGUGUUUUAGAUAACAUGGCUGGACAUCCAGCACAGGUUAUUAGUGGGGCAGUAAACAUUGUAUCUUGGGUACCCAUUAUAGCUGUAGCUCCAUCAGGACCAGUAACUGUUAGUCAGAUAAGUUGUCCAAGGGAUAAUGCCAUGUAUACUGUCCUAUUACCUGGCUCCAAACAAAAUGUCUUGUACCUAGCUCGAUGGUCCACAAGUGCUGAUCGAUUAGCCCAAGCUGGAGAUGCUCCAGGCCCUGCACAUCAUGUAGAGGCUGCUCCUUUUGUGUUUUCACGUCUUGAGGGACCUCGAGGGUGCUCCAUGGAGCAGCCUAGCACACCAACACCUUUAUUGCAACUGAUUGGAGCACAGUUUUACACUGAGGAAACAUUGUCAGUUUUGGCACAAGAUCCUUCAGAUCCAAGGUCUUCCUUCUUCAUACAGUUAUGGAUGGUAGCAGCCUGUGCAGAACUGAGACCUCUUGCUGUGUACGGUGAACAACUCCUGGCAGAUGUUGGUAUCACUCCAAGAGAUGCUGGCACCUUAGUUGAUGCUAGUGGUUACCGUCGUCUGGAAGGUGGACCCCUCUCGGCUUUAGCUGUUUCUGGAUCCCGAAAACUUGCUCUUUUACUCUCUGAGAAUAGAAGACGAGUAAGGCUGUUUGAGAUGGAAGUGGAUGAGGAUGACGAAGAUGAGGAUGAGGAAGAUACUGCCCAACAUGAAUCAAUCAUGAAUGCCUCAGGUGCUUCAGAUGACCCUGUGGAUGGUAUGUAAUCUUGGUAUGGAUUACAAUAAACAAUUAUAUGGA